AUGCUCUCAAGACACAAAAGUCGUGUUCACGUUCCAGUGGGCAGUUCGAGUUCAUUGGUAUUGGAUAUAUCUGAGGAGCAAUUUGCCACCGAAUUGGCCAAACUCCGGGGUGUCCCUAGGCUGAACGGGCAUCCAGUUAGCCUUGUGAGGCUGUACAAUGAAGUCACUCUUCGUGGUGGCUCAAAAAAGGUAACAUCUUCGUCCCUCUGGGACGAGAUUGCUGGUGCCAUUUCCCUGGAGCGGGACUGUGUCAACAUUGGUCAGGCCGUAAAAAAUGUCUUUCAAAACUAUCUGGAGCCCUUUGAACGUGUUCAUCGCAGUCUGGAUGGGCAGUCGGGUGCGGAAGUGUCACAGGUCUUGGAAAUUGAUCUCGCCAACGACUCCGCCAAUCUUCAAGUAGUUGAAAAUCACCUUCGUCACCGCUGGAAUUUAAGCACCGAUCUCAUCGAAUCCGUGGAGUAUCGAGCUCUCCUGCUAGCUUUGGAGUCGGGUUUACCGAACGAACUGGAUUACGCAAUCAAUACCAUCCUCCUCAUAUCCUCUCAGCGAAAUGGUUUUGAUUUGGCUCGUUGUCCUCAAAUCCUUCCUCUUAUGCUUUCUGCGGUGGGAAUUUAUUCCACCGGUCCUUGUUCUUAUUACCUCUUAAAAGAUGCGUGGCGGUCGCAGUGUAAUCGAGAUUUCCACACGUUCUGGCGAAGCGUGGUCCUCAGCAAGUAUGGUUGCCAAUUUCUCAACCCUGAUGUGUUUUAUCAUGAGCACCUGUCAAAGCGCCCUGACAAGUCCUUUUACUCCUGUCCCUUGACCUUCCGUGACACCAUGACCUAUCACGAUGUGGAGGGUUUUCGCGUGCAGUUGGUGGCCAUGGUGCUGCGCAACCUCGUGGUAACACCGUCUGGCAACUCGGUGAUCCUCAGCCAGGAGCCCGACGUGCUCCGCUUCGUCUGUCUAUGCAUUUACUCCUCUCAUACUGCCCUGCGGCAACUCGGAUUAGACACUUUGGCCUACCUCCACUUCCCGGUCAUCGGUCCACUUUCCGACGUCUUAUCCCACCUCCUUCCUGAUCUCCUAUCCUCCCAAGAUCGGGUUGACACCAUCAGGGGACUUAUGAUAAUGCGCCACCUGUGCGAGUCUCCAGUGCAGUCGCAUCAGGGUAACCCAGGGAGCAUGCACAAUUACCUGAUCGAGGCCUCCACCAGAAAUAUUGAUUUCCUCACCCAGUCACUGCCACGGCAUGUGAUUGGUCUAAUCCUCCAAUUGGCCUGCCUCCGUGACCUUCACAUGCUCGUGCUGGUUCUCGACGCACUCUUCGCUCUCUCGGCACAGGGCCCAGCGCUCUGUGAUGCUCUUCUCACCGAGAGGCAUCGAUUCGUCUCCACCCUCGUUGGCUUCCUUACCUUCGAGGCGCAGUCCCUCGGUUCUGAUGGUCUCAUCCGGAUUCGAGUUAUGCAGGUACCGGGUCCUACUUCAAUAGCCACUGCUGCCCCCACUAAUACUGCGACGGCUAGUAUGUCCCAGUCGAGUUCGACAAGGCGUAUCAUGGAAAAACCGGUCGCACCUACGAUGGCUCCACCGGAGCCUGUGAAAAAGGCUCCAAACCCCACAAUCACUUCAUGCCUCCUUCUGAGCCCUGCGCCGCGGCCCCAUGCCGGUUGCUAUGCCGUCCCAGUGCCAACUACAGGUGUCGCCACCUCUGUGGCGAAGCCGCUUCCCCUUCCGCUGCCACCGACGCCAGCGACCGCAACAGCGCAGGAGUCCUCCGUCCCGCUACCCAAUUCCGUAGCCAAGACCACUAUUUCUGUCACCCCACUGAUGACUGCAGUCGAGGCUGUUGAUUCCAAGCCACAGUCAACGACGGUGGUGCUCACUCAGGUGCCGCCUCAACAGCACGCUACUGUUCCCCAGACUCAGGUCCUGCCUGUGGUGGUCACGGCGCCCAAGCCCUCUGUUAUCCCCUCUUCUGUGACCAACGGGAAGCAGCAACUGCAGCAGCAAGCGGUGGAACGGAAGACUAGCUCCUCCCCGCCUUCGCAGCAGCAGCAGCAACCGCGAGGACCUCUCCUGUCAUCUUCCUCCACCCCCUCCUUACCCCCCUCCCUCAUAAACACCCUGCCUAAGCCGUAUCCCGAAGCACCCACAGACAAACGCGAGUUCGCAGUAUUUUGGCUCAAUAAGAACUACGAGGUUCAUCCGCAGUCGAGCUUUCCACGGGUUCAGAUCUACGCUGACUAUCAGAAGGCCCACCAGGCUCAGUUUGGGUCUUCGUCCGGUGGGGCUCUCUCCGCGGGCGACUUCCAUGCCAUGAUCAAGAUGGUGUUUCCCCCGGUCGACCAGGUAAAGGUUCUCGUUCCCAAUGGAAAUGUCGAAAUCCACUACAACAAGCUCAAACAUGUAGAUGCACCUGAACCGGUUGAGCAAACCCUUGGCGUUCAGCACAUGCUGGGAACGUGUCUGGCGAGUCAGAAUUCUGAAGGGAAGGGUCUCACCCACCGGACGACCGCACCGGCUUCCUCGAAGUCGAAUCGGAAACGUAGUGCGGUCAAUUUGAUCGAGGGUCCAGCUGCGGAGGCAACCGCGGGUGUGAAGCACGUGCGUCUGGUGGAGGAUGCAGUCAAGGCAAAUGGAGGUGGUGGCGGAGCGCUGACUAACACCACGUUCGUCAAUGGCGCCAACGCGCAUCCCAUCAAACUUCUCGCCACCAAUACCACCACAUUUGUCGACAGUCUCAUCCCCGUCUCCUCCAAUGGUCCCAUCGAAUUCACCCCCAAUGGGAUACACCUUCAACAGCCAGUGAUCGCAGCUUCUGCAAUAGUCCUUCCAAGCAUGGACGGGAAGCACGUAUUGAACGGCUUCGGCAGUACUGGUGGCGGGAGCGGCGGUGGCCCGGCAGGCGGAAGCAUGGGCAUGAGUGCAACGGGUGCUACCCUGAUUGAUAGCUCACAGGGCGUUCUGCAAUUUCGCACCCUCUUGCCCACUACUUCUAAUAAGGUUUCUUCUCAGUGUCGGGCCUCCCUUGUCAUGCAGUCCACUGCUCCCAAUGCCACAACUCCCGGCGUUGUCACUGGGACUGGUGGCAGUGGUGCUGGCGCCGAGAUUGCCGCUACACCCACUUUAACCUGCCUUGGUACCUUCAUGACUACUUCCACCGUGAGUGGAGUGACUGGAGGAGCCCAGCAGGUAUUUGUAUACUCUCUCGCACCCAAUGCACAACUCUCUAUCGCGCCUACUGCCGCGACCAUUCUGCCCGCCGUGGCAUCCGCACUCACAACUGGACCUGGGCCCGGAACUUCUCCUCAGCCACAUCAUCAGCCCCUCCUUACUACUGCCACUGCUGCUGCAGUACCACAGCAGACACGCCUCACAGUCCCUCCUACAGUCUUCGCUUGUCGUUGGGCGGAAUGCCAAAAGUCCUUCCCUUCUGUCGACCGUCUCUUCUCCCACGUCUACUCUGCUCACUUCACUCCCAUUAGAGGUCAACAGGAAAUCACUUGCAAGUGGUUGGGAUGUAAAGAGUCCGGCACUCGGAGAAGCUCACUGUCACUGCUGGACCACCUGCACGAGCAGCACUGCGCCACACAUCCUCCUGGUGCACCCAACAAGCUUCUCUCCACUGCUUCGACAAACAGUGUCACAGUGGAGUCGGAGGGAUCUCUUCUGACCCCUCUGACCACAAUGAAACCCUCUCUCAGUGCGACGAGGGCCGCAGUAGCCGACUGUGAGUUCCGACAGGCUCUGCAGGCUGACUUCAUGCCAACCACGUCCGAUGCUAUGCGAGAGGGCCCUGUUACCAAACACGUUCGUCUCACGGCUGCUCUAAUCCUUCACAAUUUGGCCACUUACUCGUCUGCCGCUCGAAGGCAGCUGAGGGCCUACGAGACAUUGUUGUGCGAGAUGGCUCUCUCGGGGACAGAAGCGUCGAGCACGCUGAUCAAAUGCCUCGCUCUCCUCUCCACUUCGCCGUCAAGUGAGGACGGUGAGGCGGAGAAAGACCUUUCCCUUCCACCACAUAACCUCAGGCGUUUGCAGGAUGGUCUUGUUGUAGCUAUGACUACCGAACCGAACCGUCUCGUUGGAUCGCGACAAGCUGUUAAGCCAACUGAUCGGUAUCAUACUUUUGUCGCUGAUGUCACAAAGUCAGUGGGUUUUUUCACUCCGGUGAUCUUCACGGCUAAUGCCACCGCUCCUCUCACAAGCCAUCAAGUCAACCAUGACAUGUUCAGUGAGUCAUCGUCGUCACCACCUUCAGCUGUCAAGUAUGCACAUGUACGGCGAAUGAUGCCAGCAACCAUCGCUGAGGCGCAAACUUAUAGACGUGGUCAGCACGACUGA